GUACUGCUGACACGUCAUUUCCUGUAGCUGGUUUCCGGCAGACGGGUGGGAAUUUUCGCUAUGGGUUACAGUGGUUUGACGGUGCCCAUUAUAGUUCUCACUGUUUUCUGGGGUGUCGUGGGCGGUGUUGUGCCCUGGUUCAUCCCGAAAGGACCAAAUAGAGGUGUUAUUAACACCAUGUUGGUGACAAGUGCUGUUUGCUGCUACCUUUUCUGGCUGAUUGCAAUCCUGUCCCAAUUAAACCCCCUCUUUGGUCCACAAUUGAAAAAUGAAACAAUAUGGUAUUUGCGCUUCCAAUGGCCUUGAAUCUGACAGCAAAUAUCUUUGAUCAGAGAAGGAAGAUAUCUUUUAAAAUCGCUGCAGAUGAUUCAUUUCCUUUAUACAUGAGCAGCUUUCUUUCGUGGAACUUUUCCAAAUGGCAUUCAACAGUGAUGGAUUUUUGAAAAUUUGCAUUCUGGUUCAUAAUGCAUGAAUUGGAAUUGAUUCUUGGAGUUUAAAGUAAUCAAACUAACAAGUGUGAACAUUUAGCAAAAUAUUAGAAGCUUGACUGUGCCUUAAAUGUUCUACAAUUUUAUGACACUUGUAUGUUAAGAGAAAUCAUCAGAAUGUGCCACUGAGGGGAAAUAAUAUAUUUUGUGUUUAUUUUGUGGGGUCUUAUUUUUGUACUAACCUCUGUACUGCAAUGUGAAUAAUGCAGAUCUAGUUGGAGCGUAUAUGUACUGCUUUUGUAUUUCUUGCCUUCUGUUUUCUUACUAAAGUCAUUUCAAAAUCUGAUUCUGAUAAUUUAAUAAAUACUUGAUGAAAUGCUAGUUAAGGCUAUAUCUCAGUUUUUUUUCCUCUAACCAUUUAUAGCUUAAUUUUAGCAAGCUUCUGGUUUUUGUAUUGUAAACCCAUUUUAUUUAAUUAAGGAGCUAUAGUAAUCUUAAAAAUAUACUUGUGAUCUUGCUGUUAUUUGGUGCAGAAACAAAAUCAGAUUAAGGUUGUGGUUGUUAUUAUGACCAUUUGUUUGAGAAAGGAAACUGAAACCUCAUGCCAUAUCUGAAUUGUUGUAACAAAUGGUUUUUGUUCAGUAUUGUGCUUGUCUUUGGGUAAACAUUUAAGUACUGUGGAAUUAAAAUUAUACAGAAAUAAAUUCA